AAUGAAUUAAUACCCUCAUUCGUAUUCGCCGAUUAUAAAACAAAAGCAUCGAUUGAUAGUUCAACAAUUAAGAUUGAAAUCAGUGACUGUGGAUGCAAGAAGAACGUUUGUGCUUUCCAAUCCUCAUUCAAGGAAAUAGAUUCUCUCUCCUCUUGCAAAAAAAAGAUCUGAGCCAUUGAAUUUUUGUAUAAAUGGGAAAGGUUAAAUAGAAUGUUCUCAUCCUCAGAAGAUAAAGAGAAAGAGAAAUAACAAUUCUGAGUAUUAAGCAGCUGCUACUUAUUAUGCUGGAACACCAUUUACAUAGAGGAAUAAAGUAUGUGAUACAAGAGUUGAGUCUAUGUUUUGUAUUAGAAAAUACGAGCUAUUAAAAAAAUAGUUGAAAUGA